GGACUGAGUUGUGGGGGGCUGGCGGUGAGGAACGGUAAUGGCGGCGGGCCGGAAACAUUGGGGGAUCGACUGAGUUGUGGGGCUGACGGUGAGAGAAGAGUGCUUGUGGUGCGGGAGGUGUCUAUGUGCUUGUGUCAGUACAUGGUCACUUCGAUGAACAGUGUUGAGAUGGUGAAAACCGAGUGGGCUGAGAUGAGAUGCAUUUGAAUUUGUGUUUGUAUACCAAACCAUCUGUCCAUACCAAACACACCAAGCACUAUUCAUUAUCGUCUCUGACUUUCUCACACAAGUCGUUCAUUCGCUGAGCUUUCAGGAGUCAGGACCCCCCCAAAAAAAGGCCCUAACGUGAAUGAAUUGCGCGACUUUAAACAGCUGAACCAACCUCAUUUCUCCUCCCAUGGCCUCCUUUCGCAGGCUUGUCUCCCUCUGUUCUUCCUCCAUUAAAAGGACUGCAUGCUCGGCUUCUGGAGUUGGAGAAGGUGAUCGCUCUUCAUUUGGUAUUAGACUUAAGGUUUUAAUGCGAGCAAUUAUCAAGUUCACGUGCUUGUUUCGCUUCGUUCAAGUCUCAUUGCUUCAAUGAGACUCCUACAACACCACGAUAUGAUGUUAACAUGAAAAGUAUUCAUUUCACUGUAGACACGCUUUUUAUUUCUUCAACUAAGCCUGACUGGAGUUGUAUAAUAAAAAAAAUUAAGGGUUUGGAGGAAGCAAGCUUCGAGGUUAUAGUGUGAUUGCUUCAUCCAGGCAAAUUGAAUUGAAGUCGAAUGAUGAAGCUCAGUCGAAUACUGUGGUAGUUGAUGAUGAAAUUGCGAAGAUCCAGCAUGCCUUUGAUGCUGCAAGACAGGGCUUUCACAAGAUUCCCAAGGCGCUGAAGGCAAUGCCCAAGAUGAAUCCGAAGGGCAUUUAUGUAAAUAAGAACUUACGGUUGGACAACAUACAAGUUUAUGGCUUCGACUAUGAUUACACUUUAGCACAUUACUCUGCCGAUUUGCAGAGUUUGAUUUAUGAUCUUGCAAAGGAGCAUAUGGUUAACGAGCUUAGGUAUCCUGACAUAUGCAUGGAAUUUGAAUAUGACCCGACUUUUCCUAUUAGAGGCCUAUACUAUGAUAGACUAAAAGGAUGUCUUUUGAAGUUGGAUUUCUUUGGGUCUAUUGAGCCAGAUGGGUGCUACUUUGGUCGUCACAAGCUCAGCAGGAAGGAAAUAAAAGAGAUAUACGGGACACGGCACAUUGGCCGUGAUCAAGCCCGUGGGCUUGUGGGUUUGAUGGAUUUCUUCUGCUUUAGUGAGGCCUGCCUUAUUGCAGAUAUUGUGCAACAUUUUGUUGAUGCAAAGCUGGAAUUUGAUGCUUGCUACAUCUAUGAAGACGUAAAUCGUGCAAUUCAGCAUGUCCACCAUAGUGGCUUGGUUCACAGGGGAAUUCUUGCUGAUCCUCCUAGAUACCUAGUUAAAAAUGGGGAACUGCUACGGUUUCUCAGGAUGCUAAGGGACAAGGGAAAGAAACUUUUCUUGCUGACAAAUUCUCCAUUUUACUUCGUGGAUGGAGGAAUGAGUUUUAUGUUGGAGGAUUCUACGGGUUACAGAGACUCCUGGAGGGAAAUUUUUGAUGUUGUGAUCGCUAAGGCCAACAAGCCAGAGUUCUACACCUCUGAGCAUCCAUUCCGUUGUUAUGACACAGAGAAGGACACUUUAGCUUUCACCAAGGUGGAUUCUUUUCUCCCAAAUAAAAUAUACUACCAUGGAUGCCUCAAAUCUUUUCUCCAAAUAACCAAGUGGAAUGGCCCAGAGGUAAUAUAUUUUGGGGAUCAUCUAUUUAGUGACCUGAGAGGACCCUCAAAGGCUGGUUGGCGCACUGCAGCCAUCAUCCAUGAACUUGAAAGCGAAAUACAUACACAAAAUGAGGAUAGCUACCGUUUUGAACAGGCAAAAUUUCACAUCAUACAGGAACUGCUGGGUAAAUUGCAUUCAACUUUAGGUACCAGCCAGAGAAAUGCAAAGUACAAGUCACUUUUGGAGGAGCUUAAUGAAGAACGGCAGAAGGCAUGCAGCAUGAUGAAGAGAAUGUUCAAUAGAUCUUUUGGAGCUACAUUCCUCACUGACACGGGUCAAGAAUCUGCUUUUGCCUAUCACAUUCAUCAAUAUGCAGAUGUGUACACCAGCAAGCCGGAGAACUUCUUAUUCUAUCCUCCUGAAGCAUGGCUUCAUGUACCCUUUGAUAUCAAGAUCAUGCCGCAUCAUGUGAAGGUUCCAUCAACCUUGUUCAAAAAUCAAUAGUAUUCCUCAAGACAAAUGUGGAUGGGCUGGUUCACUGAUACUUGGGAUAGUAUUUGUCACCAGACAUGGCAGAUGAUGGUUGUUCAUUCAUUGAGGAUUUGCCAGUAGUAAAAAGGGAGAUUGCCGGUAUGUUAAUUUUUCCAUGAUUUGGAUGGGAUCCGAAGGGUACCAAAAAUAGGCAUGUGAAUUUUGUAUCACAUUCAUGUCUUCUAGUGUUUCAAUCAUUUUAGUCGCCACAAACAAUAUUACUUGUGUACCAACAUUAGUAUUUUUUUGGGGGGGGGGGGGGGGGGGAAAGAGAAACAAAUGAAUUUUCCAUAUUACCGUC